GUUUUAUUUUUUCUUCGGUGUUUUAUUAUCACUGAUACUGUCUAUGACAAACCUGUCAGCAGACAGGAAGCUGCCUGUCGUUUUAUUUUUACUUAGUCCUAAAUAUUCGUCUCGAAACUAAAUACUGAUAUGGGGCAACAGGGCCUGUACAGUAUGUGCUACCGUCAUGUGUUUCCAGGGGAACAUAUAGAAGACGGACUUGUAGACAUUUCAAGUGUGGGGCGUGUGGGGUGUACUCUGUCAAUUGGGCUAGCCUUAAAGUGCUAGCUUUGCUCUACGUGUAACUUGCAGGCAUGGGUUCAGGAAAUGUGAUACGAGUUCAGCUAGCGAGCCUACUGAACCAGCACCUAGAGGCUCUGCUUGCUGCAUUUUUCAACCUGUUUUUCACUAAUGUUUACAUGUUAACUAGUUAGCUCGUCAUACCGGCCAUUAGUGAAGAUAUGAAAUUACUCUUUCUUGCUUGCCUCAGUCCUAAAACUGGAAACCACACUACAGCUGAGAGAAUAAGGUCCCACAUUGAAUCAGCUGGACACACCUGUGAGCUCAGAGAUGCAGCAGAGUUUCAGUCUCCUGCUGAGGUGGCAAACCUGUUAUCCAGUAAUCCUACAUUUGAGGGUGCACUGGCCAUCCAUCUGUUUAAAGCAGGCAGACUUCUCUUAGACAUCCAAGUACCCUUUGGCGUUAUCUUUGGCGGAACAGAUAUAAAUGAAGAUGUGAAAGUUGAGCAGAAGCGUGUGGUUAUGGAGCAGGUGCUACAGAAAGCCAGGUUUGCUGUUGCAUUCACUGACAAAUUGAAAGAAGAAGCAGAAUUAUAUUUGCUGUCCCAGAGCAGUAGAAUCUAUGUGCAGCCCCAAGGUAUCCAGACUGAAGUGAGUGAGCAAUUCUGCUGGAGUGAAUUCUUGAGGAGCUCAGAUGCGAGCAUAGAGCACGUGGAUGAGCUGCGUGUCUUCCUCUUGGUCUGUGGACUCAGACGAGUCAAGGACCCCCUUUAUCUGGUGGAGGCUUUUCGAGAGUGGCAUUAUGAGAAUCCACUGAAUGUUCUGGUCAUUAUUGGGCCAAAGAUUGAUCCUGUAUUUACUGUUGAAGUGGAAGCUGUUGUUAAAAGCAGGGGUCUUCUUGGCCCAGGAGAGGAGCCAACAGGAGCUUCACGCUGCCAUGAAAUGGUGCUUCGCCGUGGUAAACAGCUCCGUCUCAGAGGGCAUGUCAGCAGCCAUUUUGGAGGCCAUGGAUCUCGGGGUACCUGUGUUGGCCAGGGACAUUCCAGGAAAUGCAGCCGUAGUCCAGCAUGAGUACACUGGCCUGCUGUACUCGUCUCCUCAGGAAUUUGUGCAUCAAUCUCAAAGGCUGUUAUCAGAUCACGAGCUGAGAGAGAGAGUGGUAAGGAAUGGAAAACUUUACGUGGAAGAGUAUCACGGCCUGAAUCAGGAGAGAGAAACCUACCGGCGGCUGGUGGACACUCUGCUCUGAGCGCAAGGUGACAGCGCUCAACCCCACUCUGUAAACUUUCUCAGGAAGAGCUGGGCAUUACCCUGCUGCAUUUACAUGCUCUAGGUAAAAUGAUCACAGAUGUCUUUAUUCACUGUCUUUUAGGAAAUCAGGCUACAUAGAUGCUGUACAAAAUCAUCUUGUUUUAUCUGCACUGCCGAAUUGAAAUUAUGCUGCAGAGCACUUUGAACCAAAGAACCAGACAAUAAAUGGUUGUUUGUCCUGUUAAUAUAUGUAAUAUAUACCUAAAUUGCUAAUGUACUGUUAUUUAUGUUUGGAAUAAAUAUAUAAAUAAGGCU